UUUUAAUUUUAAUUAUUUUUUUUUGGCGGGGGCUUUACCUGCUCUUCCCAUCUCAGCCCUUUCGCCCGGGGGAAGAGGCCUCUUUCCCCCCCUGCUCCAGCUCCCACCUUCUCCCCACUUCUCCGCUGCCGCCCUCCCGGAGCCCGAGGGGCAGAAAAAGGGGAACUUAGCCCCCCUUCUCCGCCAGUUCCUCCUCGCUCGCUCUCGGCGUUAUUGUUGUUCUUCAGCUGACUCGAGGCCGGAGAAGAAGGUGAAGGUUUUGGGGUUCACCCCCCUCCGUCUCUCCGCUCUAAGGGAUUGUCUAAAAAAGAAUUAAAAAUGGCCGAGAAUGUGGUGGAGCCGGGCCCGCCUUCAGCCAAGCGGCCUAAACUCUCCUCACCGGCGCUCUCCGUGUCCGCCAGCGACGGCACAGAUUUUGGAUCACUCUUCGAUCUGGAACAUGACUUGCCAGAUGAACUGAUCAGCUCCACAGAACUAGGACUUGCUAAUGGUGGUGACAUUAAUCAGCUUCAGACCAGCCUUGGCCUGGCACAAGAUGCUGCCUCUAAACACAAGCAGCUAUCUGAACUUUUACGGGCUGGGAGCUCCCCAAAUCUCAAUAUGGGCGUUGGUGGCCCUGGCCAGGGCAUGGCCAGUCAAACCCAACAGAACAGUCCUGGGAUGGGCAUGUUGAACAGCAUGGUGAAAAGCCCCAUGGCACAGGCUGGCUUGACUUCUCCCAACAUGGCCAUGGGUGCCAGCGGCCCAAACCAGGGUCCUGCAGCCCAUCCAGUUAACCAGCCUGGCAUGGGCAUGAAUGCAGGGAUGAAUGCUGGCAUGAAUCCUGGGAUGCUGACAGCAGGCAACGGGCAGGGGAUGAUGCAGGGGCAAGUCAUGAACGGUUCCAUUGGCGCAGGCAGAGGGAGACCCAACAUGCCCUACCCCAACCCAGGCAUGGGCACUGCUGGCAACUUGCUGGCUGAAACACUGCAGCAAGGCUCUCCACAGAUGGGAGGACAGGCUGGACUCAGAGGGCCACAGCCUGGAGCCAUGAACAAGAUGGGAAUGAUGAGCAAUCCCAGCCCCUAUGGCCAGCCAUAUAGUCAGAAUACUGGGCAGCAGAUUGGAGCCAGUGGACUUGGGCCUCAGAUGCAGAAUAAAGCUGGGCUGCAGAAUAGCUUACCACAAUUUCCAAUGGACAAGAAGCCAGUUCCUGGGGCAGGAAUCCCUUCUCUUGGCCAGCAGCAGACUCCCCAAGUUCAGCAAGCUGGGAUGGGACCAGCAGCUUCUCAAGGCAUGGGGUCUGGAGCGCCGACGGCGGACCCGGAGAAGCGCAAACUGAUCCAGCAGCAGCUGGUGCUGCUCCUGCACGCCCACAAGUGCCAGCGGCGGGAGCAGGCCAACGGGGAGGUGAGGCAGUGCAACCUCCCCCACUGCCGCACCAUGAAGAACGUCCUCAACCACAUGACACACUGCCAGGCUGGCAAAUCCUGCCAGGUGGCACAUUGUGCAUCUUCCCGACAAAUCAUCUCGCACUGGAAGAAUUGUACCAGACAUGACUGUCCUGUGUGUUUGCCUCUGAAAAAUGCUGGGGACAAAAGAAAUCAACAAUCGCUGCUGGGCGGAGCUGCGGUGGGACUGGCAAAUACUGGCUCUGUGGGCGUGGGGCAGCAGACAACACCCAGUCUAAACACUACCAGUCAGAUAGACCCCAGCUCCAUCGAGAGAGCCUACGCAGCCCUCGGACUGACCUACCAAGGGAACCAGAUGCAGACACAGCCCCAGGCUCAAGUGAAGAAUCAGCAACAAGGACAGUCACCCCAGGGUCUGCGCCCCAUGAAUCCUAUGAGUGCAAAUCCAAUGGGAGUGAAUGGAGGAGUAGGGGUUCAAACCCCUAAUCUGCUGCCUGACUCAAUGUUACAUUCAACCAUGAAUUCUCAAAACCCCAUGAUGAGUGAGAGCGCCAACGUUGCCAGUUUGGGAGCCAUGCCAACAGCUCAACCAUCCAACACCGGGAUUCGAAAGCAGUGGCACGAAGACAUCACUCAGGAUCUCCGAAACCACCUUGUUCAUAAACUAGUCCAAGCCAUAUUUCCUACUCCUGACCCGGCCGCGCUGAAGGACCGGCGCAUGGAGAACCUGGUGGCGUACGCCCGCAAGGUGGAAGGGGACAUGUAUGAAUCAGCCAACAGCAGGGCAGAGUAUUAUCACUUGCUAGCUGAGAAGAUCUACAAGAUACAGAAGGAGCUGGAGGAGAAACGAAGAACCAGGCUGCAGAAGCAAAACAUGAUCCCAAAUGCUCCAGGCAUGCCACAGGCUCCCAUGAAUCAAGGGCCCAACAUGGGACAGCCCCAGCCAGGGAUGUCUGCAAAUGGUCCUCUUCCUGACCCAGCCCUGAUACGUGCCAACGUGCCAAACCAGAUGAUGAAUCGCAUGCAGGCACAGCCAGGAAUGAACCAGUUUGGGCAGAUGAACAUGCAGCUGUCGCCGAUGGGACCCCGGCAAACCCCUCCUCUUCAGCACCCUGGACAGCUGAGCCAGGCCGGGGCCAUGGGCCAGCAGAUGGGAUUUCCUUCACGUAUGCAGCAGCCAGGAGUUGGCCAGCCCUCUGGUCAGAAUCAGUUUCUACAACAGACCCAGUUCCCUGCUGCUUCCCCGGGAAUGAACACAGCAAACAUGCCCAUGACCCAGCCUGGCAAUCAGACACCAGUCUCUCAAGCACAAAUGACCAGCGCUUCCUGUCCUGUGAAUUCUCCUGCCAUGGCUCCAGGUUCUCAAGGGAGCCACAUUCACUGCCCACCUCUUCCACAACCUCCCAUGCACCGAAAUUCUCCCUCUCCAGUACCCAGCCGAACCCCAACGCCUCACCACACCCCCCCAGGCUUGGGGUCACAGCAGCAGCAGGCAGCAGCUGCUGCCAGUGCUGCCCCCACACCUACUCCUCAGGCACUGCCACCUGGACCACAGUCACAAACUAUGCACCCCCCUCAAAGGCAGACUCCGACACCUCCUCAGGCACAGCUGCCUCCACAAGUCCAGCCUCCAGUUCCAGUGACACCUUCUGCAGAGCAGCAGCAGCAGCCCUUGUCACAGCAGAGCACCACUGCCUCUGUCCCCACGCCGACGGCGCCGCUGCAGCCUCAGCACCCCACUACCCCUCUUUCCCAACCAGCUGUAAGCAUCGAUGGGCAGGUAUCCAACCCCCCAUCCACCAGCAGCACAGAGGUAAACUCCCAGCAGACUGUUCCAGAGCAGCAGCAGCCACCCUUGCAGGAAGUGAAAAUGGAUAUUAAAACAGAAGAAGGGGAACCAGAACAGACAGAGAUGCAAAUGGAGGAGAAAUCUGAGGUUAAAGCAGAACCAGUCGUAGAGGAAUGUAAACCAGACCCCAUGGAGCAAGAAGAGAAGAAACCUGAAGUGAAGACUGAAGUACCAGAAGGGGAAGAAAGACCCACCACUCCAGCUACUCAGUCUUCUCCAGCAGCUGGGCAGUCCAAGAAAAAGAUUUUCAAGCCAGAAGAGCUACGACAGGCGCUUAUGCCAACGCUGGAGGCACUUUACCGCCAGGAUCCAGAGUCUCUGCCAUUCCGACAGCCGCUCUGUGGUCGUCUCCUGAUACCCUCUGUAUUCCUGCAGGAUUAUUUUGACAUCGUGAAGAACCCCAUGGACCUUUCUACCAUCAAGAGGAAGCUGGACACAGGACAGUAUCAGGAGCCAUGGCAAUAUGUGGAUGACAUCUGGCUCAUGUUCAACAAUGCCUGGCUGUAUAACCGCAAAACAUCCCGGGUGUAUAAAUACUGCUCCAAGCUGGCAGAGGUGUUUGAGCAAGAAAUUGACCCAGUUAUGCAGGGCCUUGGUUAUUGCUGUGGAAGAAAGCUGGAGUUCUCACCACAGACUUUGUGUUGCUAUGGCAAACAGCUGUGCACCAUCCCUCGAGAUGCCACUUACUACAGCUACCAGAACAGGUAUCACUUCUGUGAGAAGUGCUUCAACGAGAUCCAAGGGGAGAGCGUUUCCCUGGGAGAUGACCCAUCACAACCUCAAACCACAAUAAACAAAGAACAAUUUUCAAAAAGGAAAAAUGACACACUGGACCCUGAACUAUUUGUUGAAUGUAUAGAGUGUGGAAGAAAAAUGCACCAGAUCUGUGUUCUUCAUAAUGAGAUAAUCUGGCCUUCUGGCUUUGUCUGUGAUGGCUGCCUAAAGAAAACAGGACGAACCAGGAAAGAGAACAAAUUCUCUGCUAAAAGGUUACCAGCUACAAGACUUGGUACCUUCUUGGAGAACAGAGUCAAUGAUUUCCUAAGACGACAGAAUCACCCUGAGGCAGGAGAGGUUACAGUUAGGGUGGUACAUGCCUCUGACAAAACUGUGGAAGUAAAACCAGGAAUGAAAGCAAGGUUUGUGGACAGUGGGGAGAUGGCCGAGUCCUUCCCGUAUCGAACCAAAGCACUUUUUGCCUUUGAGGAGAUUGAUGGUGUGGAUUUGUGCUUCUUUGGGAUGCACGUGCAGGAGUACGGCUCAGACUGUCCUCCACCCAAUCAAAGGCGAGUGUAUAUAUCUUACCUUGACAGUGUUCAUUUCUUCCGCCCUAAAUGCUUGAGGACUGCUGUCUAUCAUGAAAUACUAAUUGGAUAUCUAGAAUAUGUCAAGAAACUAGGGUAUACUACUGGACAUAUCUGGGCAUGCCCACCUAGUGAAGGAGAUGACUACAUCUUCCAUUGCCAUCCUCCUGACCAAAAGAUACCCAAGCCCAAACGACUGCAAGAGUGGUACAAGAAGAUGCUGGACAAAUCUGUGUCAGAGCGUAUUGUCCAUGAUUACAAGGAUAUAUUCAAGCAGGCAACAGAAGAUCGUCUGACGAGUGCGAAGGAGCUGCCUUACUUUGAGGGGGAUUUCUGGCCCAACGUUCUGGAGGAGAGCAUUAAAGAACUAGAGCAAGAGGAAGAAGAAAGGAAGAGAGAAGAAAACACUAGUAAUGAAAGCACGGAUGUGAGCAAGGGAGACAGUAAAAAUGCCAAAAAGAAGAACAAUAAGAAGACAAGUAAGAACAAGAGCAGCUUGAGUCGUGGCAAUAAGAAAAAGCCUGGCAUGCCCAAUGUGUCCAAUGACCUCUCCCAAAAGCUGUAUGCCACUAUGGAGAAGCACAAAGAGGUCUUCUUUGUCAUCCGCCUCAUCGCUGGCCCUGCAGCCAACUCGCUGCCCCCCAUCGUGGAGCCUGACCCCCUCAUCCCCUGCGACCUGAUGGACGGGCGCGACGCCUUCCUGACCCUCGCCAGGGACAAGCACCUGGAGUUCUCCUCACUGCGCAGGGCCCAGUGGUCAACCAUGUGCAUGCUGGUGGAGCUGCACACCCAGAGCCAAGACCGCUUCGUUUACACCUGCAACGAGUGCAAGCACCACGUGGAGACCAGAUGGCACUGCACUGUCUGUGAGGAUUACGACCUGUGCAUCACCUGCUAUAACACUAAAAACCACGACCACAAGAUGGAAAAAUUAGGCCUCGGUCUCGACGACGAGAGCAACAACCAGCAGACGGCGACCACGCAGAGCCCCGGCGACUCGCGGCGCCUGAGCAUCCAGCGCUGCAUCCAGUCCCUG